UAAACAUUUUAUGUUCCUCUUAAUCUAGUGUUUUAUCUUCUUACCCCCACCCCAAAAAAAGGAAAAAAACAGAAUCGAAUUACCGAAUCAAACCAAAUUUGUUGGAUUAAAUUCAAGAAAUUUUGUAGGUAGACUUUCGGUUCAGAAAAUCGAUUUAAAUUUGUUCGGAUUCAGACACAUCUCCAAAGUCCAAAUUGAUCGAAUCCAACAUCCGCACACUCCUAAUAUUAUCCCAAAAAGCUUCCGAGAACCGCAUUUCCGUCCCUUAUCCCUGCCUGCCGGUUAAUGUCCCUCAUCGGCUGCACGGAAGAAAGAAAGAGAGAAAGAUUGCAGGAGAACUUGAGCCGGAUCGGUGAAGGCAGCUUCCGAGGUGGUGGUAAUCGCGCGGAUCAAAGGAGUAAAAGGAAGAAGCGAAAGAAAAAGAGAGAAAGGGGAGAGAGAAAAAAUGGCGGACGCAUUCUGCCCGGACUGCAAGCGGAGCACCGAGGUGGUGUUCGACCACUCGGCGGGGGACACGGUGUGCUCGGAGUGCGGCCUGGUGCUGGAGGCCCACGCCAUCGACGAGACCUCUGAAUGGCGGACCUUCGCCAACGAGUCCGCCGACAACGACCCCGUCCGUGUCGGCGGUCCCUCCAACCCGCUUCUCACCGACGGCGGCCUCUCUACAGUCAUCUCCAAGCCCAACGGCGCCCAGGGUGACUUCCUCUCGUCCUCCCUCGGCCGCUGGCAGAACCGCGGAUCCAACCCCGACCGCUCCCUCAUUCUUGCUUUCCGCACCAUUGCCAACAUGGCCGACAGGUUGGGACUUGUAGCCACUAUCAAGGAUAGAGCUAAUGAGAUAUAUAAGAAAGUGGAAGACCUGAAGUCCAUUAGAGGACGAAAUCAAGAUGCAAUUUUGGCUGCUUGUCUAUAUAUUGCUUGUCGUCAAGAAGACAGACCUCGAACUGUAAAGGAAAUCUGUUCUGUUGCCAAUGGAGCUACAAAAAAGGAAAUUGGCCGGGCAAAAGAGUACAUUGUAAAGCAGCUUGAAGUUGAGAUGGGUCAAUCAAUGGAAAUGGGCACUAUCCAUGCAGGAGAUUUCCUGCGGCGUUUUUGUUCACAUCUUGGCAUGUCAAAUCAGGCAGUCAAGGCUGCUCAAGAAGCAGUCCAGAAGUCAGAAGAGCUUGAUAUAAGGAGGAGUCCUAUAUCAAUUGCAGCAGCUGUCAUAUACAUGAUAACUCAGCUUUCAGAGGCGAAGAAACCUCUAAGAGGUUUAGAAACCAUAUAUCUCAUUGGCUACAGGAGUGGCAGAAGGCACUAUAAGGAAUUCAUACAAAGAUCUUUAUCCCUAUGCUUCGAGGAUCAUUCCAGCCUCAUUUGCCAAGGAGGAAGAUCUCAAGAAUCUCUGCAGCCCAUAGUUCAUAAUUAACCAGUUGUAGUAGGGCUACUUGAAAAAUUCAUGACUGGCAGGUAGCAUGGUGUAACUGAUGCAUGCCAUUAAAAGUGCUUCACUGCACCACUCUAUUUCCUGUGCCAGUCCUUGCUACAUGGUGAUCGUUGGGAUGGUAGAUGGAGCUCGCCUUUCACCCGCUGAGCCCGUGUUCCAUACUGAUCCCUGACUGCUAUGGGAGACUGCCGCUCUCAGCGGGGAAUAGAGUGGUGCUGGGAAGCGGUACCUUUUGUAUUUAUACAAGGAGAAUGCUCACGUUCUUGAAGAUGGACCUGUGAAUGGAUUUCUGGAACGAACUUGAAGGAAUAGUUUUUCUUUUGUUUUACUUUUCACUUUUUUCCCUGCUCAACGUAUGAACAGCUUUCUAAAGCAACCGAACCAUGUGGCUGUGUAUAAAAAUUUGAUUGCCAGUCAGUCUGCGAAGCCUCUGAUACUAGGCUAGGGUAAUGAUAAAUUUAUAACCUGUGAUUUAAUAGCUUUUACCAUGCAAUUGAGCUUGAAUCAUUGUAAUUAUACGAGUGAAUCAUGGUAAUUAUGCAAGUGUUCGACAA